AUGUCCCUCCACAGCAUCCUUUUCUCCUCCGAGCACGUGACCGAGGGACACCCGGACAAACUGUGUGACCAGGUGUCUGAUGCCGUGCUCGACGCGUGCCUCGCCAGCGACCCGUUCUCGAAGGUCGCGUGCGAGUCCUGCGCAAAGACCGGCAUGGUGAUGGUGUUUGGCGAGAUCACGUCGAAGGCCGUUCUGGACUAUCAAAAGAUCGUCCGCGAUACGAUUAAGGACAUCGGCUUCGAUUCGGCAGAGAAGGGUCUGGACUACGAGUCGUGCAACGUCCUGAUUGCGAUUGAGCAGCAGUCGCCGGACAUCUGCCAGGGGCUGGGCAACUUCGAUAGCGAGGAUCUCGGCGCCGGUGACCAGGGCAUGGUGUUCGGUUACGCGACAGACGAGACGGAGACGCUGAUGCCGCUGACGUACGAGCUGGCCCGUGGCCUUGCAAAGAAGUACAGCGAGCUGCGCCGCGACGGCAGCCUAGAGUGGGCCCGCCCGGAUGCGAAGACGCAGGUGACGGUGGAGUACGACUACGACACGCGCGAGGGCAAGCAGGUGCUGACGCCGAAGCGCGUGGCCGUGGUGCUGAUCUCUGCCCAGCACGUCGAGCACGUGACGAACGAGAAGAUCAGCAUAGACCUGAUGGAGAAGGUGAUCAAGGCUGUGAUCCCCGCGAACAUGCUAGACGCGGAGACAAAGUACUGGCUGAACCCCUCUGGCCGCUUCGUGCGCGGCGGGCCGCAUGGCGACGCAGGUCUCACCGGCCGUAAGAUCAUCGUAGACACGUACGGCGGCUGGGGAGCGCACGGCGGUGGGGCCUUCUCCGGCAAAGAUCCCUCAAAGGUGGACCGCUCUGCCGCGUACGCCGCACGCUGGAUCGCGAAGUCGAUCGUUGCGGGUGGGCUGGCGCGCCGCUGUCUUGUGCAGCUCGCGUACGCCAUCAGUGUAGCGGAACCGCUCAGCAUGCACGUGGAGACGUACGGCACUGGCAAGUACGAUGACGCGAGGAUUCUGGAGAUUGUGAAGAAGAACUUCAAGCUGCGCCCGUACGACAUCAUCCAGGAACUGAGCCUGCGUCGCCCUAUCUACUACGAGACGUCCCGAUUCGGCCACUUCGGUCGCAGGGACGAUUCAGGCAAGGGCGGGUUCACCUGGGAGGUGCCGAAGAAGAUCGUCGAGUAA